AUGGGGAUUUUCUCUUGCUUCCGGGCAGGCGAUAACGCCACCUUGGCCAAGCUGAAGGAACACGUCCAGCCUCCCGAUUCGCGAGAUGUCCAGGAUACACCAAUACAGCCGGAAUCUAUUGCACCCAAGAUCAGCGCUACGCCUCCUGCUCUUGCUGCGCCCGCCGUGCCUCUUGCGCCAGCUGCGCCUCCUGCGCCGGCUUCACCUCCUGCACCCACUUCACCUCGUGAAACGGCGUCGCCUCCUGCGCCCGCCUCGCCUCAUGCACCGGCGUCGCCUCCUACACCCACUUCGCCUCAUGCACCGGCGUCGCCUCCUACAACCACUUCACCUCGUGCGCCCACUUCGCCUAAUGUGCCUGCUGCACCAACACCACCAGCACCUAUACAUUCGGCGCGUAAUAAAGAAAUUCAGGAGUCGCUGCAGCUACAUGGCAGUGGGCGCGAGCGCUUUGCUGAUGGUGAUGUCUCGGACAAGGAUGUACCGGUGGUACGCGGCAUCGACCAAUCCGCUGGCGGCGCCAUGCCUGUCUCGCGCGGCAUGAACCAGUCCGCUGGGGGUGCCGAGCCACCGGCUGCGUCAACUCAGGUUUUCGCCAGCGUGCCGGAUAGGAUGGCAGCCAUCCUAUCUGCACUCCUUCCCUACACAGAAGAGAACAUGGAGGUGCCCGUGCAGCAGUACCUGAAUACCAUCAACAGCAAACACACGGCAGGCCUCCUGGAGGCCAUGAACGAGAACCCAGAGGCUGGCCCCGUUUUUGGUGCUGCCUACCGGCUUCACAAAGCUGCCGUCAACGCUGUGACUAACGGAGAGAAUGCGUUCAUGUUGGCAGCCCUUGGCCAGGAUGUGGUACGCGCGAUGGACUUGGCGGGCCGACGCAGCGCGCUGCGGGAGAUUGCCUUGGAGCGCGUGUUGGAGAAGCUGCGUGACGGCUGUGAGCUGGUUGGGGUAUACGGCAAGGACGGCUGGCUGCUUCACAUGGCUUGCAACGACCACAUCAAGCCGGACUUCGACAACGCACACAACGCGAUUGUCGACGCAGUCGAGGCCGCCGGGCUGGAGGUACCCGGCAAGCCCGCGCCCCUGGCUCGCGGCGUGUACCUGGACGUCAACCGCAACCUGCGCCGCUGCCUGAAGCGCAUGGGUGGUGGCAGCGUUGCACAGGGGCUCAAGUCGGCCAAGAACAAGCAGUCCCUGGACGACGCUCUGGAGCUGGCCAGCCAACUGGGGGUGAGUGCGGAGGCGGUGGCUCGGGAGCUGGCGUUGCUGCCGGCGGAUGUGCCUUUGGACGCCUUCUACACGCGCAUGGUGGCACGGCAGGAGCAGGGCCAGGGCCGGCAGCUGGCGGUAGAGCACUGCAAGACCAUCUUCAACAUGUAUGACAAGGAUCAGGUGGGCUACCUGGACCGCAAUAGUCUGCGUGCAGUACUCGCGGACCUUGGAGCACUUGAUGGAUUGCGGCCGGCGGAGAUGGAGGCGGCAGUGGGCCGGGCGUUCAGUCUGGCAGACCGGGACAGCAACGGCCGCAUCACCGCAGAAGAGUUCGCCAGGUAUUAUGAGACGCUCACGUGCAGCAACGCACGCAAGCACCUGCGGUUGACGCUGGGCCCGGCAGCCGAGGUGGAGCUGAAGCAAUUCUUUGAUGACUUCUGCAGUUUCGGCACCCGCCAGGUGGUUGACGAGAUGGACAACGUGCACUUCGCCAAGUUCUGCAAGGACUGCAACCUGCUCGGACGGGACCUCACCGUCACAGACAUUGACCUGGCAUUUGCACGGGCCAAGCCCAAGGGCUGCCGCAAGUUAAGCUUCGAGGGCUUCCUGACAGCGCUGGCCGAGUGUGCGGAGCGCAAGGGUGUCAAUCUGGAGACGCUGGUGCGCUCCGUGCUGGCCUGCCAGGGCCCCGUGGCACGGGCUACCAAGGCCGAGAACGUGCGGCUGCAUGAUGACCGGAGCACGUACACAGGCGUGUAUGCCAAGGGUGGUCCCAAGGUGUCCGACACAGCUCACGACCUGGCGACACUGCUGGACCGCUCCUUUGACUCCAACAAGAAGGCUCCCAGGGCCCUCCUCCGCCAGUCGGGCCACUUGUUUGACAGCAAGCCGCAGUCGCCGGUCCUGCAGCCGGGGCAGGGUGGUGGCGUCAAUCUCAGUCUAAACCUGGUGGCUUCGGGGUCGGCCUCAGCCACGCCCACCCCGAGCCAUUCCGCGAAGCGGCGCUCCACCGUCGGUGGAGCCGGGUCCGGCACUCCCAGCGGAAAGCUGCAGGAUAUGUGGCUCAUGUGGGCCAACUUUGGCACAGGUAAUAACAGCAACAACAGCAGCUACAACAGCAACCUCAGCACCCCCCCGGUCCACACGCACUCGCCGGCUUCCCUUUACCACCUGCCGCCGCCGGCGCCACGCCCUGAGAUGGGUGUAGCUCAAUUCAUCAAGCUGGUCCGGGAGACGGGCCUGCUGGACAAGCAUUUCACGGCGGUGCAGGCGGAGCUAAUCUUUGUGCGCGCCAAGCCCAAGGACUCGGCCAAGCUAAACUUUGAGGCAUUUGAGCGGGCCAUGAGGCUUAUCGCUGAGGCGAAGGGCGUGAACCUUGAAGAUGUGGAGCGAUCGGUUGUAAAGAGCCGCGGUCCCAUGCUGACGGCGCGCCAGCAUUGA